AUGGACGUGGGCUCCUCGAUUCUCCGACCACCGCCCGUCAUGAUUCCUAGUCGACUCAUCAUUAUCCUUCUCCUCAUUGUCACCGUUACUGGGGUGACACGGAAACCGGUGAUGUGUCUGCAGUGUGGUGGUGAGAAGUAUGAGGGAAGUGUUAGGUUAUCACGAGAUGUGUGCUGCAAAGCGACACCGAUUAUGUGUUUACAGGGACAGGUGUGUCUCCGAGCACUCGUCUACUCUCCGUACGGUAACUUCUUCCUAUCGGGUUGUCAUCCCGAGGAGGAUCAUCUAAGUGGUUGUGAUUUCCAUUCUCUUCCUCACAACUCAUCAGUUCAUCGAUGUGUUUGUAAGGAUGCCGAGUGUCAGAAUGACUUUCCUGGCGACUGUCCGAUCAAAGGGAUUACGGAUACUACGAAACCCGUUCCAACGACCACCCUGGCGCCCACCUCCACUCCACCAUCCCUCAUCGCCCGGAAUCGAACACGAAUCAAUUCGCCACGUAAUCGACAUCAUCACAAUCAUAGUGUGACAAGCACUUCUUCCUCAAUGUUCUCAUCAUCACUUCUAUUUUCUUCAUGGGUUUUUGUUGUUACCGUUCUUUGA